AUGUCUGCUAUAAGGGUUCUUCUUAUCACACUACUUCUACUAUCAUGCCUUGUUACUACCGAAGUUGGUUCAACAGCUCUGAAAAUGCAUGUGAUCAAGCCUGGCGAAGGUCUGGUCGAAAGACUUCAGGGAGAAAAGGAUGGAGGGUUAAUGGACUGUUGGAAUGCGUUACUAGAGUUGAAAUCCUGCACAAAUGAAAUCAUACUUUUCUUUCUUAACGGAGACAGCUACUUGACAAUGGAGUGUUGCAGAGCCAUUCGUGUCAUCACUUAUGGGUGCUGGCCUUCAAUGCUUACUUCUCUUGGCUUCACGUCUGAAGAAGGUGAUAUUCUUAAAGGUUAUUGUGGUGGCUCGCCUCUGCCACAACCUAUUAUGCUUGAAGGUCUACAUGUAUGA